AUGGAAGGAGCUCCUCAGACUUCCUUUGCCAGUGGGCAAGUGUCAUUCACAUUUGGCCUCACAGGUCCUAGCGUUUCCCUCGACACAGCCUGCUCUUCGCAACUGGUCGCCAUUCAUCUCGCUUCUGCUACCUUGAAACACGGCGAAUCCUCGGGGGUUGGGCUUCUCGGACCAAUAUUUACUUGUGCUUUUGCUAGGCAGGGCAUGCUCUCCAUGUUUGGCCGAUGUCACACCUUUGAUGGCAGAGGAGACGGGUACUGUCGGGGCGAAGGCUGUGUCACGGUCGUCCUAGAUGAGGCCGGGGGAGGAUGA